CCGAGCUCGGGCAGCUCUGUAAUAAAUUAAUAUCGCAAUUGCUCCCUCUUCGCCGACACCGACAUAAGCCCCGCGCCCGGCCCCGCCGCUCCCCGCACCCGGCCCCCGCGCCUGCACUUGUUGCAGACUUCACGCCAGAUGGAAUUUUAUGACUUGCUGGAUUCUGAAUAGGACGAGGAGAUGUGUCUGAUAAGAUACACCACUUUGAGAUCACAGAAUGAAAGCAGCAUGAAAUGUUAUGGCAAAGACAGCACAGCAAGAUAUAGGAGUCUCACAAAUCCUCAAAAAUCAGGUGCCUGGCAUACUGAACCUAUUGAUCUGUGUAGGAUUUGUGCUGUGGUCCAUUUAUUGAAGAUGUGAAGCAACGUCGAGUCUGAGAUUGGAAUUGCGAACAGACUGGAGGAAAUCUUAGUCCUUGUGAUGCACAUGGACAUGCUGAAUUAUAAGUAAUUCUAGCUUCUUUUCCCCUCCCCUCCCUUCCCCUCACUCAGCUAUCUCAGGGUUCAUAGAGAUUUCAAUGGUUCGCGUGCCUGUAAGUUUGGAACAGAAGUGACCAAAAAUGGGGGACCAGCAAUUGUAUAAAACUAACCAUACUGCCAACAGCAAUGAGAACUUGUACUACCAACAACACCAAAUGAACUCCCUUCCAUCUCUAAAUCACAGCUAUGGGACAUCUGUUAUGGAUGCUCCCCAGGCGUCCCCUCUCUCCCAGUUUCCCCAAGAUUCAAGAGACAGUAUAGCUUUGCCUGUAGGUUCAAAAAGUCUUGGGUCAAUGGAUACAUCUCGACAAACCAGUUGGACACAUUCUGGCUCAGGAAACCAUGUCCCAGUGAGGAACAAUUUGAAUAAUCAAAGCGCAAUGUGGAGCCCCCUCGGGCAGGGGGAGUCCCACGAUGGAUACCAAUAUUCUUACUCUCAACCCAGUGAAAAUCGAUCGCAAAAAAUUACCAGUGGGGUCCUGCAUAAAUUGGACUCCUUUACACAAGUGUUUGCUAACCAAAAUCUGAGAAUUCAAGUCAACAACAUGGCUCAGGUUUUGCACACCGAGUCUUCGAUGGUGGAUAGUUCUGGUGACAGUGCGCUCAGGCAGCUGCUGUCCCAGAAGCCAGCGGUUGAGCAACAGCCUGUAACUUCCAGUGUACAAAGAUAUCAACCACUGCCACAGCAAACACACCAGAAUUUUGCAAGCACACAGCAAAAGCAACAAAUGCAAGUCAUGCAGCCCCAACAGUUGUACUACGACUACCAGCAGCAUUUAUCGCAAAUGCAGAUGCAUUCUGCGUUUCAGCAAGGACAGACGCACGUUCAGCAAAUGCAGUCCCAGCAGCUCUUACAGCAACAGAUGCAGCACUUGCAGCAGACUCAAUACUACGCUCAGCCGCAGCAGGGACAUCAGCGGCUCUCGAUACAGGAGAUCCAGCAGCAACAGCCAACUCAGCAGCAGCAGCAGCGGCAGUGUCCAAUGCAAAUAGCUCAGUAUUACCAAACGCAACCUGUCAUGCAGCAGUUACAGCAACAGCAGCAACAGAUGCAAUUGCCGCUUCCUCCAUAUCACAGGGAACCCGAUCCAAAGACUAUGCAUGAACCACACCAGUACUCUCAGGAUCCAAGUCACCCUGUGCAGCUUAUCCAGUUGGGAGCAGUGCCUCAGUAUUGCUACCAAGAUCCCCAUGAACAGUACAGGCACUUGUACCCGCAGAGUUUACUGCAGCAGCAGCAGCAAGAUCAGCAGAAGCAAUACCUGAGUGAGAGCAGAGCUCCGUCUCUGAACUCCCACAUUGGCCUCACUCCACCAGAGACCACGGAGGAUCUCACACGGCAGGAGAUUAAUUCUGUAGGUAAUGCUGUCCCUCAUCGAACUCUUUUGCCACCCUCGGGAGUUCAUCUGAACAACAAAAGCUCUCAGCAAGAUUCUCCCAGUGCCACAUGGCCUCAGGUGCAACUGUCAGAUGGCAGACUGCAGCCGCUGUCCCCAGAACAAAGUGGCCAGAACAGAGAAACACUUCCUGAGAGAGCUGAUGCAAAGAACAAGCUAAUGUGUUCAAUAUGCUUGAAGGAGUUUAAGAGUUUGCCUGCUCUAAAUGGUCACAUGAGGUCACACGGAGGAGUAAGAGCAUCUCCUAACUUCAAACAGGAUGAAGGAGAGAAACCACCACAGCAGCUGCUGCCUAAAGAGGUGGAUAGCCUCGCGCCCAUCGUCAUGCCAGUGUCUGUCCCUGUAAAGCUUCUGUCACCCGAGCCCAGCACGCAGCCCUCUGCCAGCACUGCCACAGUCAAAGACAAGCCUGCCAACUCUGUGUCAGAUGAUGAGAUGCCCGUUCUCGAAAUUAGCAGAAAACCUCAUCAAAGUGCUGUAAAAUUGGAAGAAAACUUCAAACCAUUGCAGGACAAGAAGAAGUAUCGGCACAGACCCGAACCUCUCUUCAUACCUCCUCCGUCCUUCAACUUCAGCAUGUCCCACUCUGGUGCCACCCUGUACCAGAGUCAGCUUCGCUCUCCCCGUGUCCUCGGAGAUCAUCUGCUAGACCGGACGCAUGAGCUCCCCCCCUAUACUCCGCCACCGAUGCUUAGUCCAGUUCGGCAAGGGUCUGGUCUCUUCAGCAGUGUUAUCACAUCAUCUCAUAGCACCUCACAUACUCAGCUGCCACUUACUCCACUGACACCUACUCCACGGGUGCUUCUGUGUCGGUCUAAUAGUAUUGAUGGAAGUGUUAUUCCGGUGACGCCUGGGCCUGGAGAACAGACUGUUGAACCACGAAUCAAUAUCGGGUCCAGGUUCCAGGCUGAUAUUCCUGAGCUGCAGGACAGAUUGCUAAUGGAGAAAGAUGUGCACAAGGCUACUUUGGUUUGGAAACCAUGGCCAGAACUGGAGAACAAAGUCUUCCAACAAAGAGUGGAAGACCUUUUAAAUAUGAGCUGUUCCAGUGUGUUACCUGGUGGAGGAACUAACUCAGAAUACGCUUUGCACUCUCUCUUUGAAGCAAAAGGAGAUAUUAUGGUUGCUCUUGAGAAGCUGCUGUUGAGAAAGCCAGUGAGAUUGAAGUGUCAUCCUUUGGCAAAUUACCACUACGCCGGCUCUGACAAAUGGACGCAUCAAGAAAGGAGGUUAUUCAAAGAGGCAUUGUCCACCUACAGCAAAGAUUUCAUAUUUGUACAGAAAAUGGUUAAGUCUAAGACGGUUGCACAAUGUGUGGAAUACUACUAUACCUGGAAGAAAAUCUUGCGUUUGGGACGGAAACACAGAACACGUUUAGAGAAAAAAAGAGAGGAAUGCCUGACAAGUGGAGAAGAGGAAGUGUUAGAGGAAUAUGAGGAGAUCGAAGAAGACAGAAAGGAAGAAAGGGAAAUGCAUAAGUCUCCUGACCCACCAGCUAUUCCUCUUGUUGGACCUAUAGAUCUGCCUGCCCUUCAGAGUCUUUCACUUUCUUCGUCCUCCUUCAUCUGUGAAAUGCCUAACUGUGGCGCUGUGUUCAGUUCCCGACAAGCGCUAAAUGGCCAUGCUCGCAUUCAUGGAGGUACGAAUCAGGUGACAAAAACACGAUGCACCAUUCCAGGCACUAAGCAGAAAUCUGGUACGCAGAGCGGAUACUGCUCCAUCAAGAGUUCACCUGCCCACAGCACAACAAGCGGUGAGACCGACCCAACAACAAUUUUUCCUUGCAAGGAGUGUGGCAAGGUAUUUUUCAAAAUCAAAAGCCGCAAUGCUCAUAUGAAGACUCACAGACAACAAGAAGAACAGCAAAGGCAGAAGGCUCAGAAAGCUGCUGUGGCAGCAGAAAUGGCAGCCACUAUUGCGAGAACUACUGGGCCAGUUGGGCAUAGUUUGAUCCCUCUGGAUCACAUGAGUUUGGUUAAACACGUUGAAAAUGUCGGUGACAUUGACGACGAUGUUGUUCAGGAGCUAGGUGAUGUCAUGGAAGAGAAUGAAGUCAUGGAUCCUGACCUUUUGUUGGAUGAUGAAGAUGCAGAUCUACUGCAGGAUGAUGCCGAGUUGUAAAUAAAGUUGUUUGAUAAAGACAGCUACUGAGCACACCCUGAAUGGAUCAAUCAGGAAACCUGGACUGCUCAUUUAUUCCCCACUGAUUGUAAACUACCUGUUGAAAAUGAUAAUUCUUUUAUCCAGGUCUAUAAAAAAAAAAAAGAAAUCUG